CCCCGCGCCUCCAAGAUGGCUGCGGAGCGUGACACGCCUGGUCACGUGGGCCGCGCGCGCGCCGCGCCGCUUCCCCCCCCCUCCUCCUCCGCCCCCCCCGCCAGCCGCGCGCGCGCGCCCCCGGGGCCCGAGAGUGUUGUGACUCGGUCCGGUGCGUCCCGCCGCCGCCGCCGGUUCUUAAAGGGGCAGGCACCUCCCCACCCUCCCGGCCCGGCGGCGGCUGCCCCGGCCCGCCGGCGGCCCAGCCGCCCCGCGCCGCGGAAAACAAAGAGGCACCGGAAACAGCGGCGGCGGGGAGGGGGCCGGCCCGGCGGGGGGCGGGAGGCGGGGGGAGGGAGGGCCGGCGGCGGGCGGGGGGGGGGGGGGGGGCAGGCCCGGGCCCGGCGUCGGCGAACAAAGAGCGGCGGGAGGGGGCGGGGGCUCCGCAGCGGCACCGGAGCGCCGGCCCAGGCCAUCGGUGCAGGAUCCAAGGUGCUGGUGUGUCACCCUGCCUGGAGCCUGAGGUCCCGCGUGCCCAUCCGCCUCCCGACGUCACCAAUGCGACCAUGGGAACUGGCAGUGAAUAGGCGGCCACCCUCUGCCCCUUUUAACCAGCGCCGUUUCUCGGGGGGACCCUGCAGCAGCCCCGACCACCUCCGGCGAAGCCCCCCUGCCAGGCGUCAGUGGGGACGACGCGACCGACCUCUGGCAACCCUGCUGGGCCAGGAUGAGCCCCAGCUGCACCCUGCCUUCCCCCAGCAGCCGCCCGUCCCUGUAGAUGAGCCCCGCGCCUACGCUCUCCCCAGCACGCCGCCACGAAUGCUUCACCCGGCCGCUCACCCGCCCCACCAGAACCCAUUCAUGGUGGAUCUGCAUGACCAGGUGCACCAGGGACCUGUCCCUCUCUCCUACACGGUUACCACCGUCACGACGCAAGGCUUCCCCAUCCACGCCGGCCAGCACAUCCCUGGGUGCAGCACCCAGCAGCUCCCAGCAUGCUCAGUGAUGUUCAGUGGACAGCACUACCCGCUCUGCUGCCUCCCACCCCCGCUGAUCCAGGCAUGCGCCAUGCAACAGCUCCCCGUCUCCUACCAGACGUUCCCCCCCAUCAUCUCCAGCGACCAUUACAUCCUGCACCCCCCCCCGCCGCCAGUGCCCCCCCACCAGCCACCCCACAUGGCCCCCCUGGGGCAGUUUGUACCUCUCCAAGCCCAGCACCCACGCAUGCCUCUGCAGAGGAUAGACAAUGAUGUGGACCUGCGAGGGGAGCAGCACCCCAUCGCGGGCUUCACGUACCCCCCGUCCCACCACGCUCCCACGCUGUCCCCCUCCGUGCCGCUGCAUUACCUCCCCCACGACCCGCUGCACCAAGAACUGCCAUUCGGCGUGCCAUACCCCCACAUGAUGCCCCGGCGGCUGAACACCCAGCGGUACCGGCUGCAGCAGGCGCUGCCCCCCCCGCCGCCCCCUCCGCCGCCCCCCCCGUACUACCCGAGCUUCCUGCCCUACUUCCUCUCUAUGCUUCCCGUGUCGCCGACGGCUGUGGGGCCCACGAUCAGCCUAGACCUGGAUGUGGAUGAUGUGGAGAUGGAGAAUUACGAGGCACUGCUGAACCUGGCCGAGCGGCUGGGGGAGGCCAAGCCGCGGGGACUCACCAAAGCAGAUAUCGAGCACCUCCCGUCCUACCGCUUCAACCCUGAGAGCCACCAGUCCGAGCAGACCCUGUGCGUUGUGUGCUUCAGCGACUUCGAGGCCCGGCAGCUUCUCCGCGUCCUGCCCUGCAACCACGAGUUCCACGCCAAGUGUGUCGACAAAUGGUUAAAGGCGAACCGCACGUGCCCCAUCUGCCGGGCGGACGCGUCGGAGGUGCAGCGGGAGGCGGACUGAGGCUGGCGGGCGCUUUGCCGCACAAUUCGCUAGAGGACGAGGACGCCGGGCCAGGGGCGGGGGCCGCUGCCCGCUGCUAGGGCCUGACCCUGCGCUUACCCCCCCCUCCCCAAAGCCUCUCCUCGGAUGUGGUGAGCAUUGAGCAGUCCGGGCUCCGGGCCAGCCCUCCUCCUCCCCGCCGGGGCACGGACUCGGCCGGACGCCUGCCCGCUGCGCUCCCAGGGCCCUGAAUCGUGUUGUGCUGGAGGCGGGAGGCGCGUGGCCGUGCCCUCCGUGCUCCAAAGACGCUGUUGUUCCUCCAUCACUUUCCAGGUCUUUGUACUCCUCUAGGGAAUUAGUGUUUUUUCCCUUUGUCACCUUUUUUUUUUUUUUCAUGGUAGGUUCCCCCCCCUCCGUUUCCCUUUUCCGUUGCGUUUUUGGUUCUAUGGCUGUUUGACCCAGUGGCGCGCAGGCGGCUCCUCCCCUCGGCGUUGCUUGCGGAGGAUGCAGGGAGGAGAGAGGAGGGAGUGCCGCGGGUUUGAUGCCGGCGGCACCCUGAGCCGGAGCGCUGGGCCGGCCCCGGGGGCAGCCGGCGGAGGUGGCCAUUGGAGCGUGGCCAAGGUGGGACACCAGCAACCCCACGGCAUGGCCGGGGCAGGAACGACUCUGUCCCCGCUCCCGCACACGGCCCGGCGCAGCCCCUCUCCCGCCUCGGCUGCCCUGGGGAGCCCCGGUGGGUUAUGGCUGCUUGGGGUCUUUCCCCGGUGGGAGGACGGUGCUGGCACGGCCCCGGCCCCUCUCCCCGUUCAUUCCCCUGUGCCCGGCCGGCGCAGCUCCGGGGGCCAGGCCGUGUGGCAUCCUGCGAGGCAGCCCGGCCUGUGUGGUGGGCGACCCCAGCCCCGUCCCAGUGGCCAUGGGCAUGCGGUGUCCCUGGUGACCCCCGCCGCCUGGCCCCCGGCUCCCGCUGUGGUUUCUCUGUCCCGCCGCCGUAAAUCGAAACAGCCCCGCGCCCCCGUCCUGCUGGCUGGACGGUGCGGUGCGGUGCCCCCGGCCGGUGCGCAGCGGGGGGCCGGCCGGGCUGUGGCGGGUGCCCCCCGGCCCCCGGAGUGGGGGGUUUUUUAUCCAUAACCUCGUGGUGUAUUUUCAGUGCUACCCCUGGCCCUGCCCCGGCUGGUGCGGGGGGAGCUGUGAGCAGCCCCCCGCCGCCAUAUCCCCCCCCUACCCACGCGGGGCCAGGCAGGUUGGGCCGCCCCGUCGGAGCGGGGCCGGGAGAGAAGCCGCCACCACGCCGCCGCCCGGCUCCAGCAAUCCCGCGUGGCCGUUGUUUUGCAUGAUUAAUUAGCGAGGAGGGUGACGGGAGGCGGUGGCAGGGGGGGGCGGCGGUGAGAGGACCGCCCUCCCCUCGCGGCGCGUGUUGCUGACGCCUGGGAGCCUCCGAGCGGACGCCAGCCCUAUGUAAAUGUUCACAAAUAUGCAUGCAUGUCUGACCAGCUUGGAACGUGGUCUUGGCUACGUCUAGCCGGCUGUGGGGUGAGGGGGGGUGGGGAGAGGGGUUUUUGUGCUCAGCUGAUACUGCCAUGCACUGUACUGCACAUGUCCGCAACGCCACAGCAGGACCGUGAGACUUUCAGGGCCGUCCCCGCGGGGUCUGCGCCCCUCCGAGCGGGAGGCGGCGGCAUGGGGGGGGCGCCCGCGGCGGCGGCGUGUGCAAGGGGACGGGGUGGGGGGGGGGGGGUGGUGGGGGGCCGCUCCCCGCGGGGCGGGGGGCAGGCGGCGGGGCUGGCCCCCGGCGGUGGCCCUGGCCGCCACGCUGGGGCUGGGUGCGAGGCGAGGGGCCGCGCCCGGCAGGUGGGUGGGCGGGACGCCGUUCCCCGCGCUGCCGCGCCACAGGUCCGGAGCGGCGGUGUCAGUCACCGGGCUGCUGAGGUAGGCCCGCUCCCGGUUGGCAGAGGGCCGCGCGCCGCCUCCGCCAAUCGGCGGGCCUCUCCCGGCACGCCGGUGGGCCGGCCCCGGUCUCUGCCCAGCCAGUCAGGCGCGGGGGGCAGCGAGCGGCGUGCGGCUAUUGGCCGGCUCCCCCUUGCCUCCCUUUCCCAGCCUCUCCGGCGGCCGCCCUCCGCGCGAAGCGUCGAGGCCGAGGGCCCCGGCCCGGCGCCACCAGCUCCGCCGCGGCGCGGGCGCUGGCACCGCUGGGCUCGGUGCCCCUUGGGCAGGACCCCGGCCCCCUCCCCGUCCCUCGCUCAGUGACAGAUAACCAAAGGAGUCCCCGUGCCGCGCGGCGGCCUCGCGCCCCCGGAGACGCCCCCCUCCUCCCCUCCCGCCCUCGCGGUGCCCAGGGAGCCAGGAAAGCCUUACGGUCCUUUGACGGCGACUCGAAAGCUCACAGCUCGUGUGCUGCAGAAUUUAUUCCAAUGAGCAGCUAAAAGUAUCAUUUAAAAAAAAAAAAAUAACAAAAAAAAAUUACAAAAAAAAAUACUAAAAAACAAUUAUUUAGGGUGUUUGUGAUUGCUGACUGCGCUGUAGAUACCACUGUUUACCAAUGAUUUCCUGUGGUGGGAUAGUGGACUGUUUACUGUUCUAUUAUACCAGUCCCCGGGCCCUCCGGUGGGACCCCCGCGGCCCCCGCGGCUCCCCGGAAGGUGCUAGGACGUGUGUUCUGUGUUAGAAAGUUUUUAUAUAUAUAUAUAUAUAUAUAUAAAUAUAUAUAUAUAAUUUUUUUUGCUCUGUUACUUGCACAUUUUACAGUUACCUCAUUUUUCCCAUGUAUGUAUUUGAAAAAAGGCUAAUAUAUAGAAAAAAAAGGUUCUUAAAGCUCUAAAAGUGUUUGGUUUUUUUCCAUUCCAUUGGAAUCAUAUUGGUUUUGUAGCAUUUAACAUAACUAGUAUGUUGUAUUAUAUAUAUGUGUAUUAUACUGAUUGAAAUUUUUAACAGAUUUGUACUUUUUUUAAAAUGAAAGUUGCUAGUUCUGCUUGACCAAGUAGUGCAAUCAUUAUUUUUUUUAAUGUUGUGGCUGAUUUUGAGAGGGAUAUUCACUAAUAAAUGUAUGAUGUAUACCAA